AUGCGCAAUGCAGGCAAAGAGAAGGCUGCUGCGUUGCCCUCUUCCACAAGGCACACCAUGGUGCCGAAUUUUCCGAAGUGGGAUGCGAAGCCAAGGACUAGGUCCACGUCUACGUCUAGGCUGUUCAUCGUCCAUGGAGUAGAAGUUCGAGCUCCGCGGUUGUGGCAUACGCGUGAAACUCCAGCUGGUCGCUUGUCGAGCAACAUCGAACAUGAGCGGAAGACCGGUGGCGGAAGCUUGCCCCCGCUCGAGUGCCAUGGCUGCUGCAACCAUCCUUAUCUCCCGAGCCAAUACCCGUAUGGGUCCCCCUACCCUCAUCAUUUUCCAGUGAAUUAUCCUUCUUUCCCGGUUCACUACAUGCCUACUCCUCCUCCUCCACCUCAGCACCCACCGUUUUACCCGAUGGAACAACCUCGGUAUGAAUAUGAUAAGAAUGCUGGUAUGGGUGGUAAUCAUUGUUGUGGGUGUCCGAAUCACAUGUCCCAUAAGAAAGAACAGCCGGGGAGUGUAAGGAUUGAGGAGGAAGAAUCAGAGGGGGAAAGGAGGAGGAACGAAUCCCCGAUUCCUCUUCAGUUGAGGAAUGGUUCUUAUCCCAUCGUGUGGGUUCCAUCUGAUUAUAAUAGCAAGAACAAGCAGGUGAAGGAGGAUAAGGGUAAUGAUGAUAAGUAUGAUAAUCGAGUGGUUUGGAAAGAUGGUGGGGAAGAUGGAUGGUACCCGCUUGAUUUGAGUAAUUUGGUUUCUUCCAAGAAGCGGGUAGGGAAUGAGGGAAGGAAGAAAGGGCAAGGAGAUGAGGAUGAAGGCAAGGGGCACUUCCCAUUUCCGUUGUUCUGGAUACCCUAUAACCCUGGAGAGACUGAGAAGGAAAUGGGAAAAAAUGAGGUGGAUUCUUCAAAAGCAAAACCAAGCAUGGAUUCGGAGAAAAGGUUUCACUUGAUGGGAGAUGAUAGUGGCGGGCGAGAUGCUCCCAGGGUGAAAGACAUUAAGGUUAAGGAAGCGGAAAAGCACAAAGAAAAUGAGAGUUUGGAAAACCAGGUGAAAGAAAGAGUGAAGGAAGGCAUUUAUCAUGGUGAAAAGAAGGUGGAACAUGGGGAAAGUUUAUCUAAAGAUAACUUGAAAAUGAAAUCGGUUUCUCCACCUAAAUCACCCAAGUUGCCGCCCGUCUGUCUGAGAGUUGAUCCCUUGCCGAGGAGAAAAGCUGCGAACGGGAACUCAAGAUCUCCAAGUCCUCCUGGUGACAGACAGAAGCCCGACUUGAGGCCCGAUGAGGAAAAAAGCAAGGUUCUUAAAACAUCAGACAAUGUAAAAGUGGACAAGAAACCUACCAAGGAUUUCACUGAGGGCAAGAACACAAAAUCAGUUGAGGUCUUUAAUGGAGGAGAACUGAAGAAUGUGGAUGUGAACAAAGGAAAUCCUGUGAGCAUCCCCGUUAAAUCUGAGGAUGGUUUUUCGAGCAAGAGAUCUGAGGAAACGCCUAAAGAGGAUGAUAUGUCUCGUGCUCCGACUGAGACUGAUGCUGUAAAAGGUCAAUCAGAAAAGGCUGAACCUGGCAGUGGGAUGAAAGAGGUAGAGGAUGCAAAGGUGACCAGUACGAGAAAAUUGUCUGAAGAGGAAGCAGCUGUCCUUAUUCAGUCGGCAUACCGGGGGUUUGAUGUUCGGAGGUGGGAGCCCGUUAAGAAGUUGAAACAGAUUGCCAAAGUGCAAGAGCAGAUAAAUCAUGUGAAGAAUAUGAUUCAGGAAAUGGAGGCAUCUCCCGAUGUCCAUGGCAGUGGCAAACAAAGGAACAUUAUUUCCGAAACUAUAAUGAGCCUCCUGCUAAGAGUGGAUACCAUUCAGGGAUUGCAUCCUAGUGUCAGGGAAGUCAGGAAAUCCGUAGUGAAAGAGCUCGUGAAUCUUCAAGAGAAGCUCGAUUCAUUAGUGAACAAAAAAACAGAACAUCCACCUCAAGAGGAAUCAAACCUGAAAUCCACAGAAGAUGCUUCAAACAAAACUGAGGUGGAUGUUAACUUUUCCAAUGAUGGCAACAAAUCCACAUCUGAUGUACCAGUGGCAGCUCAAAACCAGCCUGAUGGCGAAGAAUUAAACUCUGAAAACUUGCAAGUUCCAGUUAUGAAUCUGGACCGAGCGGAGUCCGAGGAGACACUCAUGAAGGGAGACGAGAAGAUUAUUAAAGCAGAAAACAAAUUUAGCAAUCAAAGGAGUGAAAAUGAGGACAAUCACGAGGUAUUAUUUCAAGAAGAUGUGUCUGAAAUUCCAGUUACGGAAGAGGCUUCAGAGAAAAUAACAGAUUUUGUGCAGUCUGAGGCCGACAAGCUUGCUACUGAACUGGAUGAGCUUCCAUUAGGAAUUGUUGAUGAUCUGUGUGUUAAGGAAAGCUCAAACCAGAAAUUGGACGUUACAGACAUGAAGACAGCCUGUGAGGAAGAGCAGCCAGAGGAGCAAAAGGACAUAGACAAAGCUCUAGAAUUACACAAUGAUGUCACUGACAAAGAAAUUCACGAAGUUAAUGACGAAGUUCUUCCAGCCAGUGAAAUCAACACUAGUCUUGAAAUGGAGGAUAACAAAAUCGAAGACGAGAAAUCGGAGCCUGAAGUGAUUGCUGCAGUAGCAGAGCAACCUGUAGCUCCAGAGGAAACUAUGAUGGUUGAAGCUACAAAUAAGGCAACUGACACGCACGAGAAUUUGGAAGCCUUCAAAGGAAAUGAAAAUGUAGACGAGAAGGAAGACAAUGUGGACGAGAUGGGUGCAGUUGAAGUUACAGACAAGGCAACCGACACACACGAAAAUUUGGAAGCCUUCAAAGGAAAUGAAAAUGCAGACGAGGAAAAAGAUGCUGCUCCGGACGAGAUGUGCAUAGUGCCCGAUAAUGGCAAAAAUUUGGAAGCCUCAGGAAAUGAAUAUGCGAACGAGAAAAAAGAUGUUGUUUGGGACGAGACGCCUGUAAUGCUUGAUAAAGUUGAAGAUGAUUCGAUGGAGAGCAAGAGGAAGCUGAUUGAGGAGAAUGAGAGGCUGAGGGGCAUAAUGGAGAAGUUGAUCCAGUCGGGACAACAACAGCUUGCGGCCAUUUCCACUCUUACCGGGAGAGUGAAGGAUUUGGAGAGGAAAUUGUCGAAGAAAAGGAAAGUGAAGGUGAGCCACCUCAAGAACAACAAGACGAGAUCCCUUGUUGCACUCGAGGACUAA